GGCUGAUACGUUGCCGCUGCCGGCAAAAAAGUUCGCUUGAAUAACGGACAAACCUCGCCGUCCCGUCCUCGCAUCACCGAACUCCAUCCAUCCCAUUCUACCCGUGUAUCCGUACAUACGCCGGCCCGCCCAAGAUCAAUCCACCCACACUCGAUCACUGACGACAGCCUCAACUGAGCCUCAGUCCCUGGACGACGUCAACAUCAACCGACUCCCAUAAACCCAAUACAACCCAAACACAACCCGCACAAUCACAAUGUCGUCAGCAGUAGCUAUUGGCGCCGGCGUCGCCGUCGCCGCUUUCCUGGGUCGCGCAGGUCUCGUAGCAUGGCGCCGCUCGCGCGGCGGCGUUGGCGCCCUCGGCAAGGCUUUCUACAAGGGUGGAUUCGAGCCGCGGAUGAACAAGAAGGAGGCUUCGUUGAUUCUCUCGCUCAAUGAGCGCACCAUCACCAAGGACAAGAUUCGCAAGGCUCACCGCACCCUCAUGCUCCUUAACCACCCCGAUCGCGGCGGCAGCCCGUAUCUGGCCACCAAGGUCAACGAGGCUAAGGAGUUCCUUGAGAAGAGCGUCUAAGUUCCAUUUCGAUCGAUUUCGUCGACCUAUCAAUCUUUUCGGUCCAAACCGUCUCGAUGCAGUGCAACGCCAUGCGAGGCGAUUAAUUCGAUCGAUCUCGACGAUGGAACUGUGAGAGGCGAGUCUAGAGUCUCUUGGAGGUCUUACACAAACGAACAAUACAGAAUGACAUCCUUACACCACUCUCCAAC